UAUUUAUAUUAUAUAAAUUAUAACAAAAACCAUCGAUCUCCGUCCUUACGCCUCAGCACCUGCCAUUGCAAUGGAAACGCCGGAUGUACUCUAUGAAACCCUAAGCGCCCUCCAUGCGACGCCGCCGCCGCCGUCAUCGUCCUCUGAACUUGAGCCCUAUGUUGUCUUCCGCAACCAGAUAUCCCUCUCUGACGUCCACUGCCCCUCGCCGGAAUCCGCCGCCCCUGAUUACUUCUCUCUCGAUGUGAACGAAGCAGAAGAGAAAGUCACCUCAAUUUUAGCAACACCUGGUCCGCCACCAGAGCCGGCUGAAACGUCCACUCCGGCGGCGGAGAGGACUCUUGAAGGCCACUGGUUUCGCGCCAAUUGUCGCUUCAAAAGCCCCAUGCUUCAGCUCCACAAAGAGAUACUUGAUUUUUGUGAUUUCCUAUCCCCAACGCCCGAGGAGCAAGAAUCCAGAAAUGCUGCUAUAGAAUCUGUGUUUAAUGUUAUCAAAUAUAUCUGGCCUAAUGCUGAGGUGGAAGUUUUUGGAUCCUUUAAGACGGGGCUUUACCUUCCAUCUAGUGAUAUUGACGUUGUGAUAUUGGGUUCAAAUGUUAGAAGCCCUCAGAUAGGUUUGCAGGCUCUCUCUAGAGCACUCUCUCAAAGAGGAAUUGCAAAGAAGAUACAGGUUAUUGCAAAAGCACGGGUACCGAUUAUUAAGUUUGUGGAGAAGAAAAGUGGUGUUGCAUUUGAUAUAAGUUUUGAUGUUAACAAUGGACCAAAAGCUGCUGAGUUUAUAAAGGAUGCUGUAUCCAAGUGGCCACCCCUAAGACCAUUGUGUCUGAUUUUGAAAGUUUUCCUGCAGCAAAGAGAGUUAAAUGAGGUAUACACUGGUGGAAUUGGCUCCUACGCGCUUCUUUCUAUGCUUAUAGCAAUGUUGCGGGCUCACCAAGAUCGCCAAGCUUCUCCUGAACAUAAUCUGGGAGUGUUACUGGUGAAUUUUUUUGACAUGUACGGGUGCAAAUUAAAUACAGUGGAUGUUGGCGUAUCAUGCAAUGGUGGAGGCAUUUUCUUCCCAAAAAGUAGUAAAGGAUUUACUGUUGAUGGCCGGCCGUCUCUUAUCGCCAUUGAGGACCCACAGACUCCAGAUAACGACAUUGGGAAGAACUCCUUCAAUUAUUAUCAGGCUAGAUCUGCUUUUGCGAUGGCUUUCACUGCAUUGACCAACGCAAAGGCCAUAACUCGUCUUGGUCCAAACAGGAGCAUACUUGGUGCUAUCAUUAGGCCUGACGCAGUAUUGUUGGAACGGAAAGGAGGGUCUACUGGGAAUGUGACGUUCAACAACUUGUUCCCAGGUGCUGGAGAGCCAAUGCAGCCACUGCUUGGUGAUCAGCAGGAGAUUUAUUGUAAUUGGCCAUUAAACGAUGAAGAUGAAGAACCACUUCCAC